GUUGUUACCCUCCAACUAGAGGAAAUGUUUAUAUUCACGGAUUUGACAUCUCAAAGAACAUAAUUGAGAUUCGAAAAAACUUGGGCUUCUGUCCACAACAUGACAUGUUGUUUAAUGACUUGACACUCUCAGAACACCUUUUUUUCUACUCUGUGGUAAAAAGAAUAUAUCAAAACAUGUAUUGUAUGGAAAUUGACCAUAUGCUGUCUACUUUUAACCUGCUAGAAAAGCGUGAUACAUUUUCAAAGUCACUGAGUGGAGGAAUGAAGCGCAAACUCGCCAUCAUCAUAGCACUCAUAGGGGGCUCCCAGGUAGUGAUACUUGAUGAACCAUCAUGUGGCUUGGACCCAGUCUCAAGGAGAGCCACCCGAGAUCUCCUUCAACAGUAUAAACAGGAUCGUACGAUCUUAGUGGCCACCAACCACAUGGAUGAAGCUGAUCUCCUGGGUGACCGAAUUGCCAUCAUGGUCAAGGGAACACUGCAGUGCUGUGGCUCUUCUGUCUUCCUGAAACAAAUAUAUGGUGCUGGAUAUCGCAUAGUCAUGGAGAAGGAAUCACAUUGUGAUGUUGAAAAGAUCUCAGAAAUAAUUCACUCUUAUAUUCCAGAAGCCACUGUGGAAAACUUUACUGGAGCUGAACUAUCAUUUUUCCUACCCAAAGAAUAUACACAGAG